CCUGGUGCCAUCCCUAUUCCUAGGUCCCUGGCUAUACACUAAACGUUGGGUUGGUUUGUAUGAGAGCUUAGACAAAAAAUCUAUCAGAGCUCCUUCCUGGAGAUUGUGGAUGACCUAGACGAGAGGAGAGAUGGAGCACAGAGCCACAGACUGGUGUCAGUGAAGAAUAACGUGCAAGACAUGCGCAACAUCGUUGAUGAGAUACACGGUUGGAUGUUGAAGGAGGGUCGCAGAAUAAAUGCAAAGCUGGAAAAACCGUGAACUCUGAUGACGCAACAGAAUAUCCAACGAUUGCGAGGAAGAUCUCGGACGCCUAGGUAGAAGCGUCGCGAGGCGAGUACGAAUUCUGCCGACUCAGGAGGUAAUUUCGAUCGGUCUAGAUCUUCGUAUUCCAGGCGCGAUAACAGUAACAAUAUGGCGUUAAUGAAAACUGGAAGAAAAAUAGACUUACCGUUAUUCAAUGGAACAGAAGCUUAUGGCUGCAUAAUAAGAACUGAGAGAUUUUUUGUCUGAAUAGUAUCCUAGACGAGGAAAAAUUGAGUUAAUCAUGGAUGCUCGGAGGACAAGACACUCAAUUGGUACCAAUGGUGGGAGGAGCAGACUACUGUCUGUACCUGGGAGGUUUCAAAUAUGUUAUCAUUAGAAGAUUUCAGCCUGAUAUGGUACAAAACCCAUAUGGCCCUAUGCUAAGUAUGAAGCAAACGAGUUCAGUGAUGGAUUACAGGGACAUAUUUGAGUUGGUGGUAGCCCCACUUAGAAACACUGAUAAUGAUAUGCUUAAAGGCAUCUUCAACAAUGGGCUGAAAGAAGAGAUCAAAGCAGAGUUGAAGUUAUAUCCAUCUCAACAUUUAACAGAAAUUAUGGACCGAGCAGUGUUGAAUUGUUGAUAGAAGAGAAAAAUGCAGCUCUGAAAAAAGGAGUAAUAAGGAUGAGGACAAACGAUGGUGGUAUGCAGUGCUGUAUUUCAAUUUUGUUCCAGCCAACUUGAAAAAUUCAGACCAAAAAGUACUCAGGAAAAUAGUAUCUCUGUCAGAUACAAAAGUUCUUUGAAACCCAUGUAAUUCAACAAUUCCUUUGGCAGUAUGUGCCUUGGACUGAAGGACACAAACUCAGGAAUUCAUUUACAAAAAUAUGGCUACUGACAAAAUGGAGAACUCAACAAAAGGUGAAGGAGAUCCAACUGUCAGUAAGGUAGGGAGGAAUGAAGACAUAUUAUCUCAAGAAGAGUUAUAAGACAAGAGCACAACUGUAGUUAUCAUGAUUGAUUCUGAAACAUCCCACAAUUUCAUAUCUCAAAAACUGGCCACAAACAUGCAUCUUCCUAUACAAUCAACUUCAGAAUUUCAUGUAGAAAUGGGUAAUGGGGAGAGAAUAUCCACAAUCAAGGAAAGUGUUCUACGUUGAAAAUUGAAGUGAAGGGCUAUUGGAUUAUACAAGAUUUCUAUCUUCUGGAGUAAGGUGGAACUGAUCUGGUUCUAGGAAUGGAAUUGAAGUUGGUCAGUCUGGGAGAAAUAGAAGCUGACUUCUAGGAGUUAACUAUUCAGUGGGCAGAGGAAAGACAUGUUCAGUUGUUGAGAGGAGAUUCAACUUUAAGCCUUGGAGAUUCAACUUCACGCUACUUGGAAAUCUAUUCUUAAAACCUUGCAAGGACAAGGAGAAGGGUACUUCAUACAGUAUGAAGAAAUUACUUCUAAGGAAGUAAACAUUGACGAAGAAUGGGAGCAAGUGAUAAAAGAAUAUGCUGCACCGACAGUGUGACUAUGCUAUAAAAAUAAAGGAAGAGGCCACCAUACCAAAUUUAAGGCCUUACAGGUACCCUCAGUAAUUAGUAUCAGAAGGAUGUGAUUGAAAAUAUAGUAAAGGAGAUGCUGAAGGCAGGGAUCAUAACACUAAGUAACAGUCCCUACAACAUCCCUGUAAUCCUAGCCAAAAAAAGGGAGGUGGAUAUUUUGUGGUGAUUACAGGGCCCUGAACAAGAUAACUAUCCCUUAUAAAUUCCCUAUACCUCUUAUUAAAGAAUUGUUGGAUGAGCUAGGAAACACCAAAAUAUUCUCCAAAUUGGAUCUCAAGUUAGGAUAUCAUCAAAUCAGAACGAAGGAAGAGGAUGUUCACAAAACAGCUUUUAGAACACAUGAGGGUCACUAUGAGUAUCUAGUGAUGCCUUUUGGGUUAACUAACGCCCCUCUACAUUUCAGUUCCUUAUGAAUCAGAUUUUAAAAACCUAUGUACGGAAGUUUGUGCUAGUAUUCUUUGAUGAUAUACUUAUCUACAACAUAAAAGCAGAAGAGCACCAGGAACACCUCAGGAAGGUGCUGCAACUAUUAGCUGAAAAUAGCUUGGUGGUCAAUAAAAAGAAGUGUAGAUUUGGGCAGUCACAACUGAUACAUUUGGGGCACAUUAUCUCAGGGAAUGGGGUGACAUCAGAUCCCAAUAAAAUAAAAGAUAUGGUGGAGUGGCCUUUACACUAAAAUAUCAAAGGAUUGAGAGGGUUUUUGGGGUUAACAUGUUAUUAUAGGAGAUUUGUUGAAGGGUACAACAAGAUUGCUUCUGGGACUAGUGUCGGGGCAGUGUUAAUGCGACAAGGAAGACUUAUUGCUUACAUGAUUAAGGUGAUGUCUCCUAGAAACCAAUGCAAAUCAGUGUAUGAAAGGUAGUUGUUAGCUAUAGUUUGGGGCUUUGGGCAAUUCAAAAGUGGAGACCCUACUUACUAGUGAGAAUUUUUUAGGUGCAUACGAAUCGCAAGAGUCCCAAGUUUCUUACUGAACAAAGACUAUUGGGAGAAGAGAAUCAAAAAUGGAUUUCCAAGUUAAUAUGGUAAAAUUUCAUCAUCAAAUAUAAGAAAGGAAAUGAAAAUAAGACUGUGGAUGCACUAUCAAGAAAGAGUAGCCUCACAGCCUUAUCUGUAGUCACUUGUCAGGGAGGGAUUGGAAGAAGAGUUGUUGAAAGAUACCAGUUGUCAGAAAAUAAUUGAGAAUCUUUUGGCCAAUUCUAACUCUAAUUCUGGGUUCCAAUUGAAGAAGGGGCUCCUUUAUCAUAAGGGGAGGUUGGUAAUUCCUAAAGGAUCUCCUAGAAUACCUAUGGGGGACAUUCUGGCAAUCUGAAAACUUUAAGAAGGAUCACAAGAUUCACAAAUGUGUUAUACUGGGAGGGUAUGAGAUCUGCAGCAAUACAUCCGGAGUUGUGAUACUUGCCAAAGAAAUAAAUAUUAAAACCUCAACCCAGCUGCACUUUUGCAAGUCUGCAACCAUUACCUAUACCACCACAAGUUUGGGAGGAUCUGAGCAUGUAUUUUAUUGGAGGACUCCCUAGAUCUAUGGGGAAAAACUCAAUCUUAGUUGUUGUGGACAGGCUAACAAACUUUGUUCAUUUUAUAGCCUUAGCCCAUCCCUAUACGGCCAAAGGAGUUGCAGAAGUGUUCAUCCAAGAAAUUGUUAAAUUACAUGGGUUUCCUAGAACUAUUGUAUUUGACAGAGAUAAUGUUUGCAUUUCCCUGAGCACUUUUUGGUCUGAUUUGUUCAAAGUUGGUUGGAACAAAAUUGAAAUACACCACUGCAUACCACCCUUAGACACAUGGACAAACUGAAGUGGUAAACAGGUGUCUAGAUUCUUUCCUAAGGUGUAUCAACGUUUGCAAUUGCGCAAUGCAAUAGCGCCUUAUGGCGCGCCUCUGUUAUUUCCUCAGCUGUGGCGUAAAAUUGCAUUGCAUAUUGUGAGUAGGUCUGUAGCGUAGGUUAGUUGCGUUAAGGCGUACACAAUAUAUCGUGCGCAAUGAGGCGCUAGCAUGGCGUACGUUAUACUUUCGACGAGUCUUUUUUUUUGGGUCCGCCGGGCCCAGUUUUAGUAAAAUAGAUACCACAUACGGUACAAGACUACAUGGUAUUAUUAUAUACGGAGUAUAUUAUAUACUGCGUUCUUCUCACCGCAAAUCUUAGCGGUAAUUCAUACGCAAUAAGCCAAAUUACCCGUUCUUUCCACCGUCUGCUUUCCGUUUGCCGUUUGGUCACUUCUUCAGCCUUCUCUUUGACAGUUCAACGGUACUGCUUCUCUCAUUGAUGAUUCGUUCUUGUUUCUAUUGAAUUUAAUACUAGAUAUUAAUGUUAAUUUUCUGCUUAUUAAUAGUUUAAUACUUCAUAUUUUUCUGGCUGGAAAAAUCAUAUUGACAACUUCAUGAUUUUCUGUUUGUGUUUUCCCAUCUUGUUAGUUUUCUGCUUAUUAUUGCUUCAUGUUAAUUUUCUGCUUGUUAAUUUUCUGCUCUUGUUAAUUUUCUGCUUAUUAUUACUUCAUGUUAAUUUUAUGCUUGUUAAUUUUCUCGUUAUUAAUACUUGAUGUUAAUUCCCAGCUUGUUUAUGUUAUUUUUGCUUAUUCGUUUUUGUAUAUACUGCUUCUCCGUUUGAUGCUUAAAUUUUGUUUCCAUUGAAUUUAAUACUAAAUAAUAUUUAGUAUGAUUUUAUUUAGUGUUAAUUUUCUGCCUGUGAAUACUUUUUGAUUUUAUUUUAGUUAUUGUAUUUAAUGAUAACUUCAACGUUGUAUUGCUUCUCCAUAUGACAGGUUUUGUGUCUAUUUAAUUAAACACUACAUAUUAAUGUUAUUUUCCUGCCUAUUAAUAUUUUAUUAUUAUUCUUCCAUUAAUUUUCAACUUAUCAAUAUGUUUUUUCAGUUAUAUUAUUUAAUGAUAACUUCAACUUUGAUGCAAUAUUAAUAUUAAAUUUUCUGUUUAGUUUAAUGUUAAAUAUUAAUGUUAAUUUAGCAGCAGUCAAGUUUCUGCAUAUUAGUAUAUUCUUUUUUGUUUUCAUAUUUGAUCUAACUUCACCUUUAAGUCACUAUUAAAAUUAGUAUUUAGUGUUCUACAGUUCUACUUAAUUCAAUUUUACAUCAUAUAUACGAUAUAUAUAUAUAUAUAUUAUGCUAAUAUAUCAUUUUUGUUAUUUUCUUACGCCAUAGAUAUCUUUUUUGGAAUCAUGACUAAAUCGAAUAAAAAUGACUCUGCGUGGAAACAUGGUGAGGAAAUUGAACGAGAAGGGUUGAAGGGCAAAUCUUAUAAAUAUGUAAAAUGUCACUAUUGCCUUAAAGAGACCACAUGAGGGGUAACCAGAUUCAAGCAUCAUCUCUCUUGCACAAAACAAAAUGUAAGCAGGUGUCCAUCUGUUCCGGAAGACAUAAAGAAAUACAUGUUAGACCUUUUGAACUGGGGGAAGAAAACACAAGCAGUUCGGGACAUAGAUCGAGAAGAGGUUAUUAAUAGUGGUUCAUACUAUCAAAGUAUGAAUCCCCAUGACGUAGAUUCAAAUGAAGGUAGCAGUAGCCAACGAGGAGUCCGGGCCCUAUGGAUAGAUUGUCAUCGAUGUCGAAGGUGAUAAUAAGCAAACUCCUGUAGGUGAAAAAGAAGCCAGAGAAAAGUGUUGCUUGGAUGUUGGGAGAUUUUUUUUCAAGAAUGGUAUUCCAUUUAAUGUUGCCAAUUCACCUUCAUUUAUCAACAUGUGUCGUGCAAUCGGUAAUUAUGGAUGGGGUUUCAUGCCACUUUCAGCUUACGAGCUUAGCCAUUGGAUUCUAGAUGAGGAAGUGAAGACGAAUGAGAAACUUGUUGAGGAGGUGAAGUCGACAUGGACACAAACAGGAGUGUCUAUAUUAUCCGAUGGGUGGAAGAAUAUGCACGGAAGACAGUUGAUCAACUUUCUCGUCAAUAAUCCUUAUGGAACUGUAUUUUUGAAAUCAGUUGAUGCCUCAGCUCAUGUCAAAGAUGCACGGAUGUUGUGCAAGCUUCUGGAUGGUGUCGUGGAAGAAGUAGGGGAAGAUAUUGUUACUCAAGUUGUAACUGAUAACGCCUCCAACUAUAAAGCGGCCAGCAAAUUGUUAAUGGCGAAGCGACAUCGUCUUUGGUGGACACCUUGUGUGGCUCAUUGUAUUGAUUUGAUUUUUGAGAAAAUUGGAGAGCUCCCACAACACAAGAAUGCACUAGCAAAGGCUAAGACAAUAAGUGAUUCACUAUAUAUACAAUCACGGAUGGGCACUGGCUUUGAUGCGACAAAUGUUAAAAAGAGAUCUUGUUCGUCCAGCUGCCACAAGAUUUGCUACGGCAUACCUUACGUUGCAAAGCAUGCAUAAUUCAAAAGAUGAAUUGGAAGAAAUGUUUGUUUCUAAGGAAUGGUCAUCUCAUCACAUGUCUAAAACCGCAGAAGCAAAGAAGGUGAAACAAAUUGUGUUAAGGGACAAUUUUUUUUGGCCAAGCGUGGUGUAUGCAAUCAAAACAACAAAGCCUUUGUUUACCGUGUUGAGGAUGGCAGACUCAGAAAAGGUCCCUGGUAUGGGGUUUUUAUAUGGUUCUAUGGAUCAUGAAAAAGAAGAGAGAGAUAAAAACUUGGGCAGGGAUGUGCAUUGGCUGCAUAUAAAGAGAUUUGGAGCAUAAUCGAUGAGAAGUGGGAAUUUCAGAUGCAUCGUGAUUUGCAUGCAGCACCUUAUUAUCUUAACCCCUGUUACCAAUAUGAUCCUAAUAUGUCCAAUCAUCCAGAGAUUAAACUUGGUUUGUUUAAUUGUGUGGCAAAAAUGUUUCCAGAUCGAGAAGUGCAGGAGAAGAUACAUUUGCAGAUGGAUGAUUAUUGUUUGAAAAGAGGAUUCUUCGGUCAUGAUGUGGCGAAAAGCACGGUUGAUAAACGUAGUCCUGUGGACUGGACUGGUGGUGUCAAUAUGGGGAUCAAACACCUGAAUUAAUGGCUUUUGCUGUGAGGGUGUUAAGUCUUACGUGUUCAUCGUCUGCUUGUGAGCGUAAUUGGAGCACGUUUAAUCAGCUAGUGUUGCACGUUCUUCAAGUCAAGAACUUGUUCGUGGCAGUGGAAACGGUCGUGAACAAGGACGGUUGAGAGGAAAUAGUCAAGGUAAAAAAAGAAAGCGUCUCGAUAAAGGAAAGGGAGAAUUGCACUUGAUCGAUGAAGAUGAAGAACUCUAUGGUGAUGAUACUGAUUUCAAUUUUGACCUUGAUGAGGAUGAAGGAAACGUUGAUGGUUAUGAUCCUUAUUUCAGACCACUAGAUAGUGAUGAUUCGAUUUUUCAAUCAUCAAUCUAAUAUGUUUAGGAUUAUUUUAUGAUGUUUCAGAAAUUUUUGCUAUAAUUCAGGAUUAUUUUCCAAAGAUUUUUACAACAUUAUGAUUUGUUUUAAUAUUG